GUGUUGAACUAGAAUGUGAAAUUUUCAAAAGAUUUUUCGUACUUUGUGUUUUUAAUUUGAUUGGACUGUGGUACUGAGUUUGUUUCGAGGAAACUGUGUAGUUCUUCAUUUGGGGACGGUUAAAUUUUGCGAAAAGUAGAUGUUGUGGUUACCGGCCGCGGUCUGCAUUACCGGCAUUUUUGCAGUUUCAAAUCAUGGCCGAUUCUAUCGAAUUGCGUAUGAGUGUUACGUCUAUCAAAAGAGUUGAUCCAUAUGUGAAAGAUAUUUUAGCGACUGCUACACACGUUGCUUUAUACAAAUUCAACACCUCGACCAACGAAUGGGAGAAAACCGACACUGAAGGCGCUUUGUUUAUCUACAGCAGAAAUGGAGAGCCGUUUCACAGUAUUAUGGUUAUGAACCGACUCAACACAAACAAUGUGAUAGAACCAAUUGUGAAAGACUUUGACUAUCAGAUGCAAAUACCGUUUCUGCUCUACAGGAAUUCAAAAAGCAAAAUAUUUGGCAUCUGGUUCUUCAACCGUGAAGAGUGUGUGCACAUUACCUAUUUAAUUGAAACAGUGAUGGAGAGUCUCAAAGACAAGUCGAACGAGAGGUCGAAGAAGCAGGAGAACGGCGUUGACAUUUUCAGUCUUCUCUCGAAGGCGCAGGAAGACUUCAAUAAAACGCCGACGAAGCAAGAAUCGGUUCCGCCGGCGUUUUCUACACCUAGGGAUUGUACUUCAAAAAGUGUUAUGGACUUUUUUGCUAAAGCCAGCACCAAGUCAACACAUCAAACGCCCAUUGUGACGGGGGGCGACGGAGAGAACGUGUUACAGAGGCUGAUGUCCAACCCGGCUCACACGGUUGAACACAUUGAGAAGCAGCAGAGGUCUAUCACUCCACAGGAGCAGGUACCUUUACGCCACAAAAUAAACGCAGACAGGCGCAGCGUUCCGAUCUCAUUCCCCAGCACUAGCAACACAGUUGACCGAAAAGACCAAGAAAAUCGAAUGAGUUUUAUGGGGGUUUCACCCCCCAACCAGGCUUAUCAAGGUUCAUCGCCUUUGGCAUUCCUUCUGCAAGGGCCAAGUCAAUUGCAACAACCUGAAGAAUCUGAUGCAAUGAGGACUUCGCCCUUUGCACAAUUCCUAGACAACGCGCAGAAACCGCAACUGAUGACUCCGAUGAUGUUCACAACUCCGACAAACACAGAGAAGUUGGACAACAGCAAGACCGAACCUAAAAUCGAAAAUAUCGAUCUCUUGACGGAAAAGCAGCUAGCACAAGCUCUUAUUCAUUUGUUGAAAACUAAUUCGAAUUUUACCAGACAGAUACACGAAGCGUAUGUUAAUUCGAUCAUGGAAAGGGUGAAUUGUAACAGUAAUUCGCUUAUUUAAGUUUGAUGUUUUUUAUGUUGGACACAGUCUUGAUAGAGUCAAGGCUAUCCCGAAUGCCUUAAAUUAUUAGAUUUUAAUAACGACAUUCUUUCCUCGUUGUUUGACUGAAGAAGGGUUUUAAUACGUAAGUAAAAGUUCGAUUUCAAACAACACAUUGUGUCGUGCAAUGAUGUCUUCUAUAACCUAACUAAAUCGCUGGUAUUUAGACUUCAGUAUCAAAAAGAAGUAAACUUAGAACUUGUUGUAACGUAUAUACAGUUACAUGAUUGUGAUACAUAGACAUACAUGUUUAGGAUUUGAAAACUCAAUAACUUUGCUAUUAAUAUAGUUUAGACGAUUAAACGUGCAUGUAGUUGGAAUGAACUGUUUGGUUUUGUUUUUUAUUUUCUUUUACUUCUUUCUAGUCAUUUAUCUGUUUUAAUAUCCGAAGAGGAAAUCAUUUUGUUUCAUGUCGUCUAUAAAUAGCGCCCGAUUAAUAAUAUACAAUGUUCUCAGUUAAGCCCACUCAAAGAACUAUAUUUGUAGCAAAACGUAUUUCAAUCUCAUAGAUGUAUAUUUUUAAGCAAAAGUAUAUAAAUUCACGCUGUAAUGUUGUUGUCAACAGAAUUGUCAUCUUUGUUGAUUUAUAUUUUUUUACUUGAAUGAAUCUGUACUACCACUUCCCAGUUUCCAGGUCAUUUGAACUUGUCUCACUUUGUUGAGUAAAACCUUUUUUUAAAUAAAGACGUUACAUCUGA